AUGGCGGACCAAGCGUCUGGGAAUAUGGUGACGCUGCUCUCUGCAGCGAUUGCAUCUCUUCUUGGGUAUGCGACAUAUGGCGUCAUCUACAACCUCUAUUUUCACCCAUUGGCCAAGUUUCCGGGGCCGCCGCUCGCACGGGUGACAAUCUACUGGAAAGCCUACACCGAGUGCAUUGCUAGACGGUCCUUCUGUCACUACCUUGUAGAGCUUCAUGCCCAGUAUGGCCAUGUUGUUCGUGUUGGUCCCAAUGAGCUCCACUUUGCCAACCCCCAGGCUUACCAAGACAUCUAUAACAAUAAAAAUCGCUGGGACAAGGAGGCACGAUUGUACAAGAGUUUCAACGAAGACAGGUCCAGUUUUGGCUACCUGACCUACCCCGAGGCUAAGCGUCGCAAAGAUGUCCUCAAUCGCUCUUUUUCCCCAGCUGCCAUCGAAAGCGCUGAGAAGCUGCUGGUUGAAGAGACAAGGUCGCUAUGCGCAGCUUUUGAGCGACAGACCAAAGCUUCCAGAAGCUCAAAUCUCUUCUAUGCAUUCCGGUGUCUAAGCACCGACGUCAUUACAACUUUUUGCUUUGGAAAGCCAAUUCAUGCCAUAGGCGCGCCAGACUUCAAUGCGCCAAUUGUGGUCGCCAUGGACAAUUCUUUGCCUGUAUUCAUUUUCUUCAAAUAUUCCAAUCUGAUCAAGAACUCCAUCAUGAAGUCUCCACCUAAGCUCUCCAAGACGAUGAGUCCCUUGACCGCUGGCAUGGUUGAUCUGAACCAGUUGUUACUCCAGCAGAUCCAUGAUCUCACCGCUGACCCAGAGAAGCUGAAGCUUCUACCACACAAUAUGACAGUUUACCAUCGUCUCAUGGAUCCAGAAGCUUAUCCCGACAAAACUAUUCCAUCUGCUGGUAGUCUUUACGAAGAAGGCCAAGCUCUCAUGUUUGGUGGCGCAGACACAGUUGGCAACACCCUCAUGGUCGGCACCUUCCACCUUCUCAAAAAUCCAGAGAAGAUGCAGAAACUCAAGGCAGAAUUGAAUGAAGCGUGGCCCUUGCUCAAAACGGAUGGGCCAAAGCUCCGCGAUCUCGAGAAACUACCUUAUAUGAACGCCAUCAUCAAGGAAUCUCUACGGCUAUCAUCUGGUGUAACAUCUGGCCUGAUGCGCGUUGUACCUGCAACAGGUGCAACAAUAGCCGGAGUCUCUGUACCACCGGGAGCCCAUGUCGCGUGUGGAAGCACUUUUGUACAUUAUAAUGCUUCCAUCUUCCCUGAGCCAGAAAGGUUCAUCCCAGAACGAUGGCUCGAGUCGCACGAACUCGACCAUUGGCUCGUAGCCUUCUCUCGUGGUGUGCGCAUGUGUCUGGGAAUCAAUCUGGCUUGGGCAGAACUACGGCUCGCUUUUGCCCACGUCUACCGCAAGUUUGAUCUUGUCGCUGCUGACUCUCUACCAGAUAAGCUGGCAUGGCGCGACAUCUUCCUACCAUACUAUCCGGAUGCACAUCUACAGGUCAUGAUGAACCCUGUACAUGCGUAA